AUGGCGGAUGAGAAUCAGGCUGGAAAGAAAGAGGAGGAGGAAUUUAGCACAGGCCCUCUGUCAGUCCUAAUGAUAAGUGUUAAGAACAACACCCAAGUGCUCAUCAAUUGCCGCAACAACAAGAAGCUACUUGGUCGGGUUCGUGCUUUUGAUCGCCACUGUAACAUGGUGCUCGAGAACGUGCGGGAGAUGUGGACAGAGGUCCCCAAGACUGGCAAGGGCAAAAAGAAGGCUCUGCCUGUGAACAAGGAUAGAUUCAUCAGCAAGAUGUUCCUCAGGGGCGACUCGGUCAUCAUCGUGCUGAGGAACCCGAAUGAUCGCCCAACCAGUCAACUUGCAGCUAUACCUUUUCUCUGGGUUCACGGAAGCCACGUGUCUGUUGAAAACUGUAGCUUAUGUAUGUUUUGGAGGAUUAACUGGUUAUCUUGA